UGAUGCAAAUAUCACUAAAAUGAACUCUUCUCAGAAUCUUUGCUUUAGUAGAUUGCUGAAAGACAUAAACUAGUCAUAAUGAGAAAAACUCCCUCGAGAGCUCAUACUUCGCUAGGGAAAGAUAAGUUCUCAUUGCUGUUUGGUUGUAAUUUCCAGCCUUUUUAAUUGUAGUUUAAUUUAGUGUUGGAUUUUAAGUUUCCCCUUUCAAUUUUCCGGCUACUGUGAGGUGGUUUUCUUGCUGCCGUAACCCUCAGAAAUGACACCUGCAACCCAAGUCUCUCCUUGUUGCUCAGGAGCAGGCCUUGUCCUGCUGGAGCUGUACACACACCUGGUGUUGGCCAGUGAGGAGGCUAAGGCAAGGUUACUUUCCUUGUCCCCCACAUAACCUCAUGGUCAGAGGGCCAUGGUGCAGGGGUGGGGGUGGGGGGUUCCUUGGUGGCCUUGGUCCCUGCACUUCCUGGUUGCUUCACCUAAGAGCUCCUGUCUUGGCGGUCCUUUACUUCAUAUAUACCUAGUAAUGUACAAGGAGACACACCCACAAUGUGUGAGUCAUUCUCUUUAAUGAUACUAGCUUUUUAUAAAAAUGGGGAUAGUGCAGAUUUGCUUAACAGCUUUGAAACCCUCUGAUUAAAGAUCUCGUAUUUCUCACCUUCAUAUUUAAAGCCCACAUCCUGCCUGCUAACUCAGGCCACCUGACGUUCUGCAGGUCUCCAUUGCACCUCGGACAAACGCUGCACUGGGCUUUGCUCAGAUGCUCCCAAGAGAUCAGCACCUCUUCACCAAGGAGCAGCUGUUUGAGAGGAUGUGCAUGGCCCUCGGUGGUCGCGUGUCGGAGGCCAUCUCCUUCAAUAAGGUCACUACUGGAGCGCAGGACGACCUGAGGAAGGUUACUCGUAUUGCCUACUCCAUGGUGAAGCAGUUUGGGAUGGCACCGAGCAUUGGGCCCAUCUCCUUCCCUGAGGCUCAGGAGGGCCUUGCAGGCAUUGGUCGGCGCCCCUUCAGCCAGGGCCUCCAACAGAUGAUGGAUCACGAAGCUCAACUGUUGGUGGCUAAGGCCUACAGGCACACUGAGAAGGUGCUGCAGGACAAUCUGGACAAGCUCCAGGCGCUGGCAAAUGCCCUGCUGGAAAAGGAAGUGAUAAACUACGAGGACAUCGAGGCCCUCAUCGGCCCCCCGCCUCACGGGCCCAAGAAGAUGAUUGCGCCUUUGAGCUGGAGAGACGCCGAGAGGGAGAAGCAAGACACUGGGGAGGAGGAGGCGCCUCAGCAGCCGCCACUUCGAGGGGAGGAGCAGUCUUAGCCCAAAUAGCUGGACCUCAUUAAUGGUGCCCGUGGGGACCCAGGGAGGGUUCUUUACUUAGCUGUCCCCCAAGUUCCUUUUCACUGGAGAGUUGAACCUCAUCGUCCAUCCUGGUCCCUGCUGAAGGCCUUAUGAGAUCUGUUGGAUUCUGUACCUGUGAUUAAUAAAGACUGCAGAGGUGA